AUGACAGUAUCCCUUUUUGGGUGUGCAUAUCUUGGACCAUUUGGGCAUUUCUACCACUUAUUGUUGGAUAAGUUGUUCAAGGGCAAAAAAGACACGACAACAGUUGCCAAAAAGGUGUUGCUUGAACAAGUGACAUCUUCUCCAUGGAACAACUUGAUUUUUAUGCUUUACUAUGGGCUUGUUAUCGAGGGAAGAUCAUGGAUCCAAGUGAAAUCUAAAAUCAAGAAGGAAUACCCCACAGUACAAUACGCAGCAUGGACGGUAAAUCCAUAAUUUCAGUUUUUACUCAUAUUUUUAUAAAUUUCUGUUGUACAAAUCUUUUAAAGAAAUAGCAAUU